GGUGGGUGGCUUCCAUCUGACUGACUGACCCUCUAAUUUGAUAUGUUAUGCCACAUUUGAAAGUGUUGUGCCUACAUGGAUACAGGCAAAACUCGGAUGUUUUUCGCGAAAAAACAGGCGGAUUAAGAAAAUCACUAAAAAAGUUCUGUGAAUUUAAAUUUAUAUCUGCCCCAAAUGUUAUCGAAUGCUCCUCGAACGCUUGUGCCUGGUGGUUUUCUAAACCUUUGGAAUUUUUAGCUCAAGAAAGUAGUACGUAUGAUGCUGGCUUUCGCGAAUCCAUAUUGGCUGUCAAAAAAUAUAUUAAAGAAGAGGGUCCAUUUGAUGGGAUGCUUGGUUUCAGCCAAGGUGCAGCAUUCCUACUUCUGCUACAAAUUAUGAUGGAGCAUAAAUUAAGUGAAACACUGCAAAAUAUCUCAAAUCUCACUCUGUCAACUUCCAGUUCCGAUUGUCAAACUAUUGUCAUUUCACACUUUAGUUAUUACUCAUUACUAUCGAUUUCUUUAUUAUAAAAUAUAAAUGCAUCUUAAGCGCCUACUGAUACGUCAAAUCAACUUUUUGGUUCCUCCCUAUUCCAAAUUUUUUCAUACAUAGUGCUCUGCCGAUUCACUCAUUACAAAAUCCACCUUCAUUCUACAUAUAAUUGACUGGAUAAUGAGUCCAGUUAUUAUAGAUCCAAUACGAAUUUAUGCGGGGAUCAAUAGCAUUUUCUAGAUUAAUGUCGUUUGUCGAUCACCUCUUCAAGUCCAGUAGUUCAACCUAUGCUAUUCUAUUCUGUUGACCUAAGGAAUUCACUGCAGUUUUUGGUAUUUUGAUCUGAUGAAAUUUGCUUAUUUAUACUAGAUUUAAAAUUUUAACACUUUGGUGUAAACCGUACUGGAAAAGCUUUGCUUUCUAUAUUCUUGUUAAAACAAUCAGUUGCCCAUGACAUGGAUUUAAAAGUCUUGAUUAUUAUCCUCACCUUACGGAAAAUAAAC